GAAGUUGCCAAACAGCCCCUUAGUACCCAUCUUGUUAAUAAGGAAUAUAAAAAUAAUUUUUUUGACGUUGAAUUUCAAUGUGAUUAUGAAAUCGGUUACCCCUCUUGUCUAAAAUUUAAUUCAAUCAUACCAAACCCCCGGUGCUCCGACGGCUCCGUUCAAUUAUAGUAUUGUUCAUCGCCUUAUCAUGAUUAUUAUUAUGCCAGUCUUCAAUACCAUUAAACAGAGAGAGAAUGGAAAUCCAGAGCAUCUCGGUAGCAGCAGCAGCAGCAUUAUUGGCCGCCUGGGCUUUCUGUUUACUCCUAGCCAAAUCAAUCCGUCGCCGGAGAAACCUUCCGCCGGGGCCACUCCCGUUGCCGGUCAUCGGGAGCCUUCACUUGCUCGGAGACAAGCCGCACAUCUCCAUAUCCCGUCUCUCCGCAAAAUACGGGCCGGUGAUGAAUCUGAAGCUAGGAACCGUAAACACGGUGGUCAUUUCCUCACCCGCCGCGGCCAAAGAGGCUCUGCAGAAGCAGGACUCGUACUUCUCCGCCAGCAGGGGAGUCCCAGACGCCGUGCGUGCCCACGACCACCACCACUACUCCGUCAUCUUCCUCCCCAUCUCCCCCGAGUGGAGAGCCCUUCGGAAGAGCUUGACCUCCAACAUGUUUUCCGGCAGCAAGCUCGACGCCAACCACAAGCUCCGUGACCGGAAGAUCCAAGAUCUGAUUUCCUAUUGCCGGAAGAUGAGCCGGGGAGGGGAAGCCGUGGAUAUCGGCCGGGAAGCGUUCAAGACGAGCCUGAAUCUGCUGUCGAACACCAUCUUCUCCAAGGAUCUGUGCGACCCGGACUCGGAUUCGGCCAAGGAAUUCAAGGAUCUGGUGUGGUCUAUCUUAGUAGAAACUGGCAAGCCCAACCUGGCGGACUAUUUCCCGGUUCUGGGAGUGCUAGAUCCCCAGGGCGUACGACGUCGCUCCAGCCGACAUUUAGCUAUGGUGCUCCGGGUCUUCAAGGAUUUGAUCGAUGAGCGAGCGGCGGCGCAGGGGAAGAUAUUAGUGGGCGGCUGCGGCGACGGAAGACAUGAUGAUGAUGUAUUGGAUUCGCUCCUAGGGAUCGGUCAAGAAGGCGAAGCCCCCUUCAGCUCAACUCAAAUCCAACAUCUUUUUGCAGACUUGUUUAUUGCCGGGACUGAUACAUCAUCAAACACAAUAGAGUGGGCAAUGUCAGAGCUUCUCAGAAACCCAGAGACGAUGGCCAAAGCUCAGUCCGAGCUUAGAGAGGUCCUCGGAAAAGGAAAGAUGAUACACGAAACCGACAUCCCUCGCCUCCCUUUCCUUCAAUGCAUCGUGAAAGAAACAUUCAGAUUGCACGCACCGAGUGCAUUCUUGAUUCCCCGUAGGGUUGAGCAAAAUCUAACACUUUUUGGACACACGAUUCCCAAAGGUUCACAGAUUCUCAUCAACAUUUGGGCAAUCGGGCGUGAUCCUAGUGUUUGGGAGGCGCCAUUGGCCUUCAAACCAGAGAGGUUUUUGGGGUUAGGAAUGGAUUUUAGGGGGCAGGAUUUCGAGCUUCUUCCGUUUGGCACCGGGAGAAGAAUGUGCCCCGGUUUGCCGAUGGCCGUGAGAAUGGUUCAUGUGAUGUUGGGGUCACUAUUGAACUCAUUCCGGUGGAGGAUUGAAGGUGGUGUUUUGCCAAAUGAUUUGGAUAUGGAGGAGAAGUUUGGCGUUACCUUGGCUAAAGCACAUCCUCUUAGAGCCAUCCCCAUUGCCCUGUAAAAAUACUCCUUAAUAAAUGGUGCCCCUAGUGUGCUACCAAGUGCUUUGCACGGACUGAGAGUGUUGGCACGUAUUUGUUGUUGAUACGAUUCCAUGAUCUCUUUGAUUUUGAUUUUCUUGAAUGUGAUGAGAUUUGGUUUUCUUGAGUAUGAUGAGUUCUGAUUUUGAGAAAUGCUAGGAGAAUACCGAAGUCCGAUGGGCUCCGCCCUAUGGGCUCCCUGUGCGUCUCGUUGAGUCCUUC